UCGGCUUUUCCUUACCCAUAACGUCACAUCCGAUUUAAACAACGGCGCGGGAGUUGUUUGUCUCCUGUUAACAAUUUUAUGUUAAUGUGUUCUUUAGUUUAGUAGUGAAGAACACAUAACGGUGCCCUUACCAGAAACAAACUCGUCGAAACGUUUGUGUGAAUUUAUUAUUCUGAACAGAUGACACACUGUAGCUUUUAUGUUGCCUGACGCCUUCCUGUGCUGUCACCAUGUCCCAGACCAACACUUCUCUCCUGGACGAGGUGGUGCAGUGGAGUCAGGAAACCUGCCGCCAGAAUCUCAAGUCUGUCCUGCCAAAACUCACUUCCUUACACCAUGACUCUGAGAAUUGGGAUGAUUAUAUACGUAUACUGAAGAUCAUUACGGAAAUGUUUCUUCCCCAUAUUGGUUUGUCAGAGCUGGAAGAGGAGUGCUUCUCCAAGAUCUUACCAAAGGCAGUUGCGAUGUUUGACAGCAUGAUGAAAGAAAUCUUGAACCAAGUUGGAGGACUGUCCAGUCAAAACACAGAGCUGUGUGCCUUACUCAGGAGAAUUUUGCAGGCAAUGAUGCAGAUAAUUGAUGCGCUGUCCACUUGUGUGCGUCACAUCAGCACAUUUGAGGAAGCGCCUGAUCUAGAUGCUAUCCGAUCAUUACCAACUUGUAUCAUGAAGGUUCUGAGAGAAACCUUUCAGCACUGCAAGGACAGUGAGGUGGUUUACUGUGGCCGUCUCUCCCUGGUGGCUGACCUGCUGCAGGGACUCUUCAAAGAGGCCUACACCCUCCAGAAGGGUCUGCUGGAGCUGCUGGACAGGGUUUCCCUUGACAGCAGCCCCUCAGAGGAGGAGGUCUCUGAUGUUGUAACAGUGAUCCACAGCCUGCUAGAUAUCUGCUGUAUUAUCUCCAACCUGGACAUAGCACUGCAUGCAAACACAUGGAAAUUCCUCAUCAAACAGAGUCUGAAGUACCAGUCAUUGGUGGAGGAACAUCUCCGUCACGGUGACAUCAGCAACAGGCUGUGUGACAACCUGUUGGCCUCCUUCCACAAUUGUUUUGAGCUGGCUGAACAGAUCAAACAUGCAGGUCUGCAGGGGGCAACACAAAGCCCAGAAUACAAGCUGUUCCAGAAAACUGCAAAGAUGUGCAGAUUUUUUGCCAACACUUUGGUUCAUUACAUAAAGGAAUUCAAAUUUUUUCUGUCAAAGUAUUGUAGCUGCUUUCACAAAGUAUACCUCCAGAUCAUCAGUAAGUUCCCUCCCAGCAUGUGUGCUCCAAAGCUGCCCUCGGCUCUGUCUGAUGAACUGCAUGCAGCCGCUCUGGUUCCCAUGGAUGUCCUCCUGCUCCAGCUUUUGCCUUUAAGGCCCUUUGCUGAAGUUGUCCUCCAGCAGAACUUGCGGUUAAGUCCUGAACAUGAGCUUCCUCAGUGUCUGUUGCUGGUGAACAUCCUGGGUCAGCUCACCUCCCAACCAGAGGAAGUGCUGCACCUUUGGUAUGCUGGCAGCCAGUUCUCAGAAGACACACCCAGACUUCCUCUGUACAAGGCCUUGUUCACUAGUUUCAGGCGAUGUCACACUGAGCGUAAGGUUCCGGUGCAGCUGCCAGGUGUGAUGAUGAAGGGUCAGGCCCAGGUCCAGGUCACCCUGCACCACCACAUGUGUGUGCAGCUUUGUGCCAGUGUGGCUGCACUUCCCCCAGUCUACUUCUCCAUGCUGGAGCGUUGUUUAGUCGAUGCUGUACUGCAGGCUGAUACUCAGACAGCUCUGCUGGCAACAGAUGUGUGGUGCUUUGCAGCACGAUAUGGGACUGCAGAACUUUGCCUGCAUCAUGUCCUCCUGAUUGCUCAGUUGGUGAAAGCUUGCACCCCUGAGUGUUACCAGUCGUUCCACCUGGGCCUGCUGCUCAGACGCAUGGUUUUCCUCAUGACACCAACCCACCAGAAGGAGCUGGUGGCACGUUUCUCACCCUCUGAGGUGGAAAACCUUCCAGUGUGGCAACAUGUGCUCCUUAGAGCUCUUUCACAAGAUACCCGUCACUGUGUAGAGACAGACAUCAUCGGCCUUACUCAGAAAACUCUGACCGACUGGCAGAAUGGAGGGCAUAAACUCGGACAAGUGGAAAAAGUGAAUGUGGUGCUGUUGUCCCUCCUAGCUGUGGUUCGAGGGCAGUCAGCUCCUGAGGAACAAUGUGUGCUGUCUGCAUCAAGGAUAAUCACACAGCUGUGGUUACGAAUGAGUCCAGACCAGGUGCAGACACACCCCGUGCUUCAGUGUACCCUGCAGCUACUCCUGUCAAUAUCAGCCUUUUUGAUGAAAAACAUCGAACAUCAAGUCAUUCUUCAGGCUCUGGUGUGUGUGGAUACUGUGCUGUCUCAGGGGUGUGCAGAGCCCCAGCUGCUACUGGCUGCCCUGGAGUUCCUUGCUUCCCUGGGGAAGAUCUUUGUCCCUCCUGAGAGCCAGAAUCAAAUUCUGCCGAGGCUGAGCAGCCUGUUUGGAGUUCUGUUGUCUCACAGAUCCUGGCUCCUACAUCAGCACGCCCUGGAGGCUUUUUCUCACUUUGCAGAGAUUACAAACCAUGAAGAGGUGAUUUCCCAGAGUUUGUGUGAAGAAGAUACCAAGACGAAGGUGGUCAACUAUCUCAGCAAGUCUGUAAAUGCAGAGGAAGAUGUGGACUCACGGCUGCAGAGGCUCAAGCUGGAGAGGGCAGUUAUUGAGCAGCACAAUGAGAGGCUGGAGAACAGGAAAGAAAGUGUUGUGGACAAACUGGCUGCUGACGCUGUGGCGGAUUCAGAGCCAUGCCCAAAGAGAGCUCGGCAGGAGACCAGUGCAGAGGAGGAGUACAGCCGCUACCUCCAGACAGCUGAGAGUGCUUUGAAAGCCCUUCAGGCUCUCACAGAGGGCAAAUCCAACACUGCAGCCGCACCACCACAGUGGCUAGAAUCCAGACUACAGGAGCUGCAGACCAUCAUAACCCACAUUAGAACAGCCAGACACAAAACCUAGUUGUUCCAGUUUGUUUCUCAGCCCUAGGUUAUUUACUUUGUGUACAGAAAAAAUAUUUAAUCAGAGUCUGGGCUUGUGGUAGGAUCUAUACCCUCUGCUGCUGUCUUCACUUUUUAAAACAUUUUUUGGUCAGUCUUCAUUGUGUUGUUUAUUAAACUUGUUUUAAUACAA